AGAAUUUUGUGUGUUGUUGUGACUUGUUUAUUGGUAUAAAAUGUUCAGUAAAUCGAUGCUAUAAUAAUAAAACAUAUAAUCUCAUGGCAUGGUCAUAUGAAAACAAAUUAUGACUGAAAUAACAUGUUUGAUCAGUUAUGUUAAUGAUUCGUUUUAAUGUGCAGUAUUAUCUCUUAACAAAAUUAACAAAAAAAAGUAUUAUUAACUAACCAAAAUUCAAAACCAAAUCUCAAAUAACACAAUAUGCGUAUAUUUUAAAUUGUGUGUGGUCAGAUUUGUGGUUCAUCAGGAUGUGUUCGAGCUCUCCUCACACGGCCUAUGCGUCUCGGUCCAUUCCCUAAAUUUCUACAUUAGCAUUGCACAAUAGAGUCACAGGUUGGUCUUGUUUCUUGAGAUUAUCAAGUCCGUCGGACCCGACCCUCGGAUUACCAAUCCGCGUCGCUCUUGGAGGGAGUGGUCCAAUCAGAGAGCACCUUGGAUAAAUAUUCAUGAGUCCCUGAUUCAAACCUUUGAGCGAGUUUGUCUGGAUCCACAGCAUCGUACCUAGACUUUUCACAGAGACAAACUACAUUUUCUUAUGAAUGGAAAGUGAAAAAAUCAGUUGCGCUUAAAUUGGGCUCCAUCCUUCACUCGGAUCAUAGAAGAAAACAAAAAGCAGGGAGGGAGAGAGAGAGAGAGCGAGAGACAUGACCAUGUCUACAAUACCAGAGAGUCUUAACAGCCCAGUCUCAGGAAAGAGCGUGUUCAUGGAAUUUGGGCCACCAAGUCAGCAAAUGUCGCCUUCAUCUAUGAGCCACGGACAUUAUUCAAUGCACUGUUUACACUCGUCCGGACACCCGCAGCACGAGAGCGCGUACAGCCCGGCUCCGUCCUUCCCCAGAUCUCUGCCUUAUCCGUACGUCAACUCGGUCGGUAGCCAUUCCUCCAGUCCGUACCUCAGCACCGUGCAGACUUACCCAAACAACUCGGCUCUGGCGCAGACGAGGCUGGAGGACCCAGCGCCGGAGUCAGAGAAAAACACCGUGGUGGAGGGAGGAGAGGUGCGUUUCAACGGGAAAGGCAAAAAGAUCCGCAAACCCCGGACCAUCUACUCCAGCCUCCAGCUGCAGGCUCUGAACAGGAGGUUCCAGCAGACUCAGUAUCUGGCUCUGCCGGAGAGAGCCGAGCUCGCCGCGUCCCUGGGGCUCACGCAGACACAGGUGAAGAUCUGGUUUCAGAAUAAACGCUCCAAGUUUAAGAAACUGAUGAAGCAAGGCGGAGGAACAAUAGAUCCGAACGCUUUGGCAAACGGGCGCGGACUGUCCACCGGAUCUCCAUCCCUUGCGCCCGUCUGGAACUCAACAGCCAGCGUCAAAACAUCCACACCGACCUCGUAUAUUCCCAGUUACACCUCGUGGUAUCCCACAGCACACCAGGACACUAUGCAGCAGCCGCAGCUCAUGUGAACCAGCACUGCUGACACAACCCCGCCCCUCUCUCCACCGAUGGCCCAGUUCAGGGGAGCCGACACAAGGCCGGUCUCUCUGCGGCCGGAGAUCCGGAGACACUCUCUAAAGACACCUGCUGACACACCGGCCGGCGUGGACUGAACGAGGGUCGUUUGCUCCGGAGAGGAAGCAAGUCUCUUUUUGAAUCGAAGGGAAUGCCGGGAAAAUGGGUCAAAUCAAAGCUGCUACUCUCCCCCUUACCGUGACUUUUUUGUUCUGUAAAAAAAAAAAAAAAAAAAAAAAAAUAUUCCAGUUUCUUCAAAUUUGUAAAUUCCCGUGAUGAAACUGGAAUUACCGGUUGGUCCAUCCACAUCACAGUGCUGGUUAAAACGGGCUGUGAGAGCGACAUGACAUGAGCUCCGCUUCGAGCUCAUACAACUGGGAUAAAUCACACCGUGAGCAAGUGUGAACGUCUCAAGAUUUUCCCCAUUUCAAAGGGAACAUAGAAAUUUUAAACAAAGUUAUUUUGUACGUAUGGCGUUUUGUGUUUAUUUAAAUAUAACUUAUUUAUAUUUGUUUUUUUUAAAUCUGUUUGUUUGUUUUAUUUAAAAUAAAUGUUCUUUAAAUUAUGAUGUGAGGCUGCACUAUAAAACAGAUUUGAGCCCAGUUUGUGAAGCCGAGAUGCAGAUAAACGCGUCUCUCAUCACCGUUAGAUGGGAAGUGUUGACACCUCUAAUGUACAGAAAUAGUCGUUUUCGUUGUGUGCUGAAUAAUGUGUGCAAAAGGAUCUAAACAUGAUUGUGUUGAUUAAAAUUCGUGUGUUUUUCCGUUUCAGAUUGAAAAAAAGUUUUAUAGCUUAUCCGUCACAUUAAUUUAUUGUUUAUGUUUCAUGGAGUCUUGUAUAAUGUGUAAACUCAAAACAGUAAAAAUCUGCUUAUGAAAGAAGUAACAAAAUGUCAUCGCAACGUUUAUUGCUUUGCCAAAUAAAUGAAUGAAACUCAGGUAACUGAUGACAACUGAAAACAAUGAACUGAUGCAAAAAUCAAACCUAUUUUGUGAAAUAAACAGGCCUAUCUCAA